AUGGAUGCGGCAUCACAGACGGUGGCUAAAGCGUCGGGGGACGACCUUGCGCGAGCGCUCACGCUGCUGGCGGCCGUGGUCGACGGCUGCGACACGGCCGCACUGCUGCACCGCCUGCCCGUGUGGGUGCCCCUGCUCGGGGAGGCCCUGCGCCGCGCCUGCACCAAGCAGCCCAACGCCGCGGCCCCGGCCCGCGCCGACGCGCCCCCCGCCGGGGCAGCCGCGGCGGCGUGCCGCGCCCUCGCGUCGCUGUACCGCCGCCUGCAGCCGCUCAUGGAGCUGCCCGGCGUGCGCCGCGAGGCGGUGGCCGGCGUCUCCCGUGCGCUCCAGCUCCUGCUGCCGGUCCUGAGCGCGCCGCUUGAAGGCGGCGGCGGCGCGGCGGCGGAGGCGCUUGAGCUACUGCGGCUCUUGAUGGAGGUCGCGCCCGCCAGCCUGCGGCAGCACCAGGCAGCCCUGUCGGCGCAGCUGCCCAAGCUGCUCCGCGCCGCCGCCGCCGCCGUGGGUGCAGCGCCCGCGGGCGCGCCAGGCGCGCAGGCGCGCGCGCUGCUCGCGCGCGCCGCCGCGUGCGUCGCGCUGCUGCCGCGGCUAGCGGGCGAUGCGGCGGCGUGGAGCGAGGGCGCGCGGGGGCUGCUUGUGUCGUGCCACGCGGUGCUGGACUUCAUGACCAUGGGGCUGGAGGGGCCGCAGGCGGACCCGCACGCACGGGCGCUGCUUGCGCGGCCUGGCAGCGCGGCGGCAGGCCAGCAGCAGCAGCAGCAGGAGCACAUGGGGCGGCGCUGA